GAAGGAAACCCCUUCUUUUCGCAGAGUGAAAAACAUUGAAAACCUUAAAAUCGUCUGCUUCGUUUAAAAGAAGAAGAUCGAAACCAGAGUUGCUUUAUUGUUCGCCGCCGUUGGACUCUGGAAGCAGUGGAAACAUGUCCUCCGGAGAAAUAAAUCACGCUUCUCCAUCUGGCAGUCUGACAGACACAUCUGGGAUGAGGAAGAGGACCAGAGAGCAUGAAGCUGGGUCACCUGACUCUGACCAGCCAACCAAGAUGUUCUCCAAGUGUGAGGUCCAGGGUCUGCUCCAGCAGGAAGUGCAUAGUGCCAUGAAACAGUCUGAAUCCAAGAUGGAGUCGCUACUAGAGAGAGUUCAAUUACUGGAAUGUGAACCUAAAUACGACCUGGUCAUACGCAGACUGGAGGCUCACAUUAAGAAGGUGAAGAGGAGGGGGGAUGCUGCCAUCUCUUACGUCAGGAUGCUACGAGCUCCUGGAGUUAAACACAAUCAGAGGAGGCUGGGUUCUGGUCUUGUGGACCUGACUGAGACUGAGAGAGGACUGAGUACUGUGGACAUCAGCAGGUCAGACUCUGAUGAAGACGACUCAGCUGAGAAGCAGAGGAAGAGGAAGGUUGUAGAUGGUUUCUGGCAGAAAAUGAUGUCCAAUAAUAAAGCCCCAGACAGGAAGCGAGAAAAAGAGAGGAAUGGAAAGAAACACAACAUCCCUCUUCCUCCUACCACUCCUCCUCUUCCACCGACCACUCCUCCUCCUCCUCGUUCUCCUCUUCCUCCCGUUCUCUCUCCUCAAGUACUGAAGGUCGAGGCGUCUGCCGUACCGGUGACCAGACCGCCAGCCACAUCGCCAGUUAAAACGGAGUGCACGGUGAAGAUGGAAACCACCGUGAAGACCGAGGAGUCCCCGUGUCCUCUAGUCCCUCUUCGUGUUCCUCCGUCGCAGAGUGAGCUGCUGUCCCAUCUCCCUCCUCUUCCCCCGACCCCUUUCCCUUCCUCCCUCCCCCUCGAGGCGGCCUCCUACUCCAUCCCCCAGAAGCCCCUUGUGCACCUGGCCCGUAUCCGAAACCCUGCCCCGUGUCUGGUCAUCCACUGGAGGGUCACUGAGGAAGACGUCGCGGCGCCCGGCAUGGACAGUUACAGUAUCUACAUCGCUCAGGAGAGUCAUAGCAGCAGCGUCUCCCCGUCCUGGAGGAAUGUGGGUGUGGUCAAGGCCCUGGCCCUGCCCAUGGCUGUCACGGUAACCAAGUACCAAUCGGGUACCACCUACGUCAUCGUGGUGGGCAAGGACCGGUAUGGUCGCUACGGACCGUACAGCGACGUACAGACUGUACUCCUGGCAUAGAGACGUGGCGGGGAGUUCUGGUCGUCUAGAUCGAAGGCCACUUUCGAGCGUCUGUGGGGGGCGGGGGUUUCACUCCACCCUUGCACUUGAUUUUAUGAAUUAAGGUCACUAAUUAGUGAGGAACUAACCUGAACGUAGACCUAGUGAACGACAUAGAGACUUCACUUCUGUUAGUGAUGUUGGUACAUCUGGCCUAGUUGAGUCAACUCUGUUAGUAUAUCUGGCCUAGUUGAGUCAACUCUGUUAGUAUAUCUGGCCUAGUUGAGUCAACUCUGUUAGUAUAUCUGGCCUAGUUGAGUCAACUCUGUUAGUAUAUCUGGCCUAGUUGAGUCAACUCUGUUAGUGUAUCUGGCCUAGUUGAGUCAACUCUGUUAGUAUAUCUGGCCUAGUUGAGUCAACUCUGUUGGUACAUCUGGCCUAGUUGAGUCAACUCUGUUGGUACAUCUGGCCUAGUUGAGUCAACUCUGUUAGUAUAUCUGGCCUAGUUGAGUCAACUCUGUUAGUAUAUCUGUCCUAGUUGAGUCAACUCUGUUAGUAUA